UAGUAAUGGUUGCAAGUUUGAAAAGAGUGAUGGUUUCUGAUGUGAUGGGGUGACUUGCAACGAGUAUGUGUGUGUGUAGUUUUGCACACUAUCGCAGUAUCUAGUUUUUUCGUAUCUACUUCAAAUUGUGCGAAAAUCGCAGGAUUCAAUUGGUGAGAAGAAGUAUUUUGAGCGUCUUCUCUCCAACCGAUUGGCAUAUAGGAGCCAUCACGUGAUCAGGUGGUGAGUGUUUCAAGGGUCUCGGGUCUCGGGUGCUAGCAGAAAGAUUUUAAUAUUGAUGCGCACUUGACGCUCUCGUGGUCGUCGCGAGGGUUGCAAAAGCAAGUGGUGGUAUUUGCAAGAGAAAUUGUUCUUUACGACUGGCUUAUCAGCGCCGACGAGGAACGAUGUCAGACGUGGAUGAACGGGUGACUGAUGAGAUUGAAGCACUGAAAGCAAUUCUACUAGACAAUGAGCUCAAUAUCAAGGAAAAUGAUAGAGGAGAACCAGAAUGUAUCGAAACAAUACUAUUUCCAUCAACUGGCGAGGAUUCGCAGUCUCAAUAUGUUUGCAUUACAUUGGUUGUACGAUUACCUUCUGGUUAUCCAGACGUUUCACCAACCAUCAGUCUGAGAAAUCCUCGAGGAUUAGAUGAGAACACUGUGAAAUUGAUGCAAUCUGAAGCAGAAGCCAAGUGUAUUGACUUUAUAGGUCAACCAGUCAUGUUUGAAUUGAUAGAGCUGAUUCGAGAACACUUGACGAGGAGCAAUCUUCCAACGGAUCAGUGCGCUGUUUGCUUGUACGGCUUCCGUGAGGGCGAUGAAUUUACGAAAACGGAAUGUUAUCAUUAUUUUCAUUCGCAUUGUUUAGCGGCUCACGUUGCUGCUGCAGAGAGAUAUUACAGAGAAGAGCAGGAGAAGCUACCGCAGUGGCAACAGGAUACUACAAACAAAUUUCAAGCUAUAUGUCCGGUUUGUCGGGAGUCGAUCAAUUGUGACGUUGAGAGUUUGUGGUCAGCACCACCGCCGAUCGACGUUGAGGCUGCCACUGAUUUUUCUGUUACCGCGGAGCUGCGAGAGCUGCAGAAACAAAUGGCUGCUUUGUAUUUGCGACAGCAACAGCGGGGCGGUAUAAUUGAUCUGGAGGCUGAAGGUGUGAAGAUGCUGGUGAGAACUGAGGAUGAUCCCGCUGCAGCUACCGAGGUUAGCCCAGCCGGUACGAGCUUAAACGGAUGCUCGAAUACCACUACUGUGCAACCGGUUACUCAAGUGCAUUCGAAACAGCCAACGAAUCAGGCUCAGAAUCACCAUCAUUCGCAGUAUCAGUCACGCCAGCACAAUCAUGGUCACAACAAUCACAAUCACGGUCAUCGGCACCGAGGUCGCGGGCGGACGCAUUACCGGCGUCAUUUUGACAGAGUCAGACACGCAGAAUCUACUCCCAGAUGACACUGGGCUCGUCACAAGUUCGCUGUACUCUGGUCUGGUCUCUUCGUUGCUAUGUCGCUAAGUGUAUACAAUAUUUUGAUUAGCAUCACUAGUAUGAUCAUCGGUGUAUUAUACGAUGGCUAUCUAUUUCCCUCGAAUAGUCUCACUACGAUAAUAAACUUAUAGGUAUCGUUGUUCAAAUAAAUAGUAUUCCCGUUGUCAUCCCGACAGCGGUGUCGGGACGCGUCGCAAUUUCUCGUCUAAGAUAUUUACGUAGACCGAAGCCGUUAUUAUAUUCGAUGUGAGUGCAACGAGUACGAAUGCCCGAAGCCUUAAAUCAUAAAGAUUUUGCUGUAGCAAACACCUGUUUAAGUUGCCGCAAAGUAUGAUACUGAUUAUUAUACGACACGUUGUGUAUAAUGUUUUGCAGCUCUGACAAUUUUUUAAUAUUAUUUUUUUGUUAUCUACAUGUAGACGAUAUUUUUAUUAGAUUUUUUUUUUUGCAGUCGUUCGACUACGAAUCUGACGCGUACAAAUUUAAUAAAAGAACGAAUUUAACGUUGUGGCCAUGUGUGUCUCUCUCUCUCUCUCUCUCUCUCUCUCUCUCUUUCUUUCUGCAUAUAUAUAUAUAUUAGAUUACGGAUGAUAUUAAACAUCUAUGUUUUUAGUAAGCUCGCUAAUCGCAAAAUUUGGAACGUCAAAUUAAUUUUCGUGGCUGUCUAAAAAUGAAAGACCCUAAUUGCUGACGCUUAGCGAUCUUGAAGCAAUUCAAUCAGUGCAGUAGUAUGUUAAAAAAAAAAAACAGUGUGAAUGAAGAUAGAAAUUCAUUUUAUAGAGCAGCUAUCAAAAAAAAAAAAAAAACGCCGAGAACUAAUAAUAUAAAAUAUAUAAUCUUCGAUCUGAUAUUUGAUGCUUUUGUAUCAAACAUCAUCUUUGGAUUAUUGAUAUAAUCUUUGUAUUCACUGCCGCAAAAUGCAAGCAAGUUGUUCAAUUCAUCUGUGAUAAGUGUUUGUUUUUAUCGUCGCAACGCGCUGAGUACAUGUGCGAAUAAUGCAGAUAUUUUAAUAUAUAUCUCGCCUUUCACUCACAUCACGUGAUUAUUCUUCUGUUGUUUUAACAGAAAGUGUAUUCUUUAAGAAAAUUUAAAAUGAAGUAACGCUAGAAACGGAUAAACCUACUAUAAGGAUACACUUUCGAGAAAUAAUUAUUACUUUUAUACACAGAUCUAGUUUUAGCGACAAAUAUUUUUAGUUUUAAAGAUAAAAAAAUUUGUUUCCUCUUUUUAAAAAUAUUUCUAGCAAAACAAUUACUUUUACGUAAAGAGAAUUUCAGAUAGUAGUCAAGGCGGAGAAAGGGAGAGGGAGAGAGAGAGAGAGAGAGAGA